AUGGCGCCUAAUAUGAACCUCAGUGGAGACGUGUGUGUCGAGGACUGUCAUCGCAGUCUCUCUCUUGACAGCUACGACGUCGUGAGUCCGCGCAGUGGCAAGCACGACCCGGAGGACGUGGUCAUUUUCUUUGAUUGGGAUGAUACGCUUAUGGCGUCGUCAGCGAUUGCCAAGCACGGCCUUUGCCCCAAGUACAUUAACGAGGAGCCGGAGAUCCCGGACGACGUGCAAGCAGAGCUGCAAGAGCUUGAAGAGGCCGUCGUGCAGCUCCUUGAGACCGCGCUGUCGUAUGGACGCGUGGUCAUUGUGACGGCUGCGGAGGCUGGAUGGGUGGAGUUAUCCGCGUCGCUGUUUAUGCCACGCCUUGUCCCGUUCUUCAACACGCGGAUCAAAGUCGUCUCAGCGCGCUCGACGUACGAGUACAUGUAUCCAGACUGUCCGCGUCGGUGGAAAGUGGAGGCGUUUAACAAUGAAGUGUUUCCGGUGUGGGAGUCAUACAACGAGGAAGACUCGGCAGGAAUCCCGCGGCAUGUCAUCUCGCUCGGCGAUGGCCCGACAGAGCGCGAGGCGUUGAUCAACGUCAAGAUGCAGGCCAUGGAUGCAUGUCAUGGCAAGUCGAUGAAAUUCAUUGCGUACCCGAAGAUUAGCGAUCUGCAGCUGGAGGUGGAGCUCAUCCAUGCCAACAUGGAACAUUUGUGCACUCACGAAGGCGACCUCGACUUGCAAAUUACAUGGGAGAUGCUCAAUAGCAGCGCAUGA